AUGUCUGCUGCACCUUCCCUGCCUGCCUUGCCCGUCCAUGCGAGCGUUGCCGCACUCACGUCGGAUCCCGCCGCGACGCACGAGGCCAUCCGGUUGCUCCGCCAGCAGCCCUUCCCGGCGCUCCGCAACGACCUCCUCCUGCGCGCUGCACGCCACCAGCCCACCGAGCGCGUCCCUGUCUGGGCCAUGCGCCAGGCCGGCCGCUACUUGCCAGAGUUUCGCGAAAUGCGCGCCGAGAGCGACUUUUUCAAGGUCUGCAGGACACCUCAGCUUGCCUGCGAGGUCACUCUGCAGCCACUCCGGCGGUUUGAGCUCGAUGCUGCCAUCAUCUUUUCGGAUAUUCUUGUCGUUCCGCAGGCGCUUGGCAUGCAUGUGGACAUGAUCAAGGGCAAAGGUCCGUCCUUUCCGGAGCCGCUCAACACACCGGAAGACCUGGCACGCGUCAAGACGGAGGUCAACGUCGACGAAGCGCUGGGCUAUGUGUUUGACGCACUCACGCUGACCCGCCAUUCCCUCGAUGGACUUGUGCCGUUGUUUGGCUUUGCCGGCGCCCCGCAAAACGUUCGCCAAGGCGAAAACUUGGCUCUUCAAGUACCCAGAGGCAUCGCACGAGCUUUUGCGACGCAUCACCACCGUGACGAUUCGCUAUCUUGUUGGACAAUUCGCUAUCUUGUUGGACAAGUGCGUGCAGGAGCACAGAUUCUCCAAGUGUUUGACUCUUGGGCCGGUGAACUCAGCCCUACCGAAUUUGCCCAGUUCGCCUUGCCAUACUUGAAACAAAUUGCUGUUGAAGUCAAGCGCGCCUGCGUCGAGCAGCUGGGCAUGACCGAGGCGGUGCCCAUGGUCGUGUUUGCAAAGGGAGCACACUUUGCCCUCGAGGAGCUGGCGUCGCCAGCAACUGGCGGCGGCUACGACGUCGUGGGGCUCGACUGGACCAUGCCCCCGCAAUCGGCUCGUGCCCGCGUUGCUUCCAGCGGUGUUGCCGUCCAAGGCAACCUCGAUCCCUGCGUUUUGUUUGCGCCCCACUCGCAAAUCGAGGCGCAGGUCACAAGCAUGCUUGCGCAGUUUGGAACUCAAAACUAUAUUGCCAACCUCGGCCACGGGAUGAUGCCCGAGCAUUCUCCCGAGGCGCUUCGGUGCUUUGUGGAUGCCGUCCAUGCUGUUUCCGCGCGCAUGAAUGCAGCAUAA